AUGAUUUUAACGAUAUCAGUGAUAAUGAAAGUAAUCAAGAUCAAGAUGAAGCCAUGUUUCCGACUGAAGAAGAACAAGUCAAAGAAAAAGAAAAAGAUAAACAUCAAGAGGAGGAUGAUCUUUUGAAUAGGUGUCCGUUCUUGAUAGGGACGUUCAGGUUCGGGAGUGGAGUAGGGAGGAUACCGGUGGUGUCGGAGAGUGCGGUGCAGAGUGCGGUGGGGUGCCUUGGGGAGAGUGCGGUGAAGAGGUGGGAUGAUAAGUGGAAGAAUCUGCAGAUUCAGGAGAUGCAGAACUACUUGGCUCAGCUGAAUUUCAUCAGGCACCAGACGUUGGUUUUGUUUUAUUUCUUAUAUUUUAUUAGUACUAUUAAGCAAAACUGUAAAAGCAAUUUUCGGCUUUGGACCAUAACUUCCCAAGCUAUAGGUUUUGUUUUUUGUUCAUGGAACUUCAAAAGCAUUAAGCAUUGCUGA